AUGGCUUCGAAUACUUGGGUUCUAGGUCAAGCGGUCCAUGCUGGCGACCUCAUCCUCGUCUACUGCCCCAAUCUCGACAUGCUGCAGGGCUUCACAGCGCAUAUGCUUCUCGUCAAGUCCGCUCCAGAGGAGAGCAAUCCCGAUUUGUCGUCCGUCAUGGUGCAAAAGGUGAAAGAACACAGUCCAGCUCGCAAGGGCUGCUGGACAAUAGAUGGGCCCAAAGUCUACUACUGCGAUACAGGCGAGGCCCCCGACUACUACAAGCCAGCCCCGGAGCCAGAGACGACAUUAGUAGAGGUUCUGAAGCACAUGGAUGGUACUGUCACGCGGGGUGAAGACUGUGCUGGAAUAAUUGUGAAUCCGCACGGACGGGAUGUCCUUAAGUACUACUGGGUCCAAUGCGAAAGCUGUGCAGGCUUCGGCACGUUUGUCGACGUACCUUGGGUGGUCCAUAAAUUUCCAGAGUUUGCUGAUCAUCCGCGGGAUGAUCUGACCUGUCCCGUGUGUAUGGGAUAUGACUUCACCGUGGCCGACAAACAACGGAUCGACACCCUGGACGAGCUUAAGGACCGCAAGCGCUCAGCCGUGGGAAUCAACCGGUUGAAGCUGAUGAAGCAGAUUCUGGCUCUGACCAAGGCCAGAUAUGAUCUGGCGAAGGCACGGAAGGAAGAGAUGGGUAUCACCCAGGACCGCUGGGACCGCUGGGACCAGAGAUUGCGGCAUCUUCGCAAUAAACUCUGGUUCGAGGAACUCCCCAGCGAUCCAGGACAGUUGCCCAUUUGGUGUGAGCCAAGUUGUCACCGAUUCCAUCAUAGGGCUUGUUCGAGUAUUCGCCGGCAGUAG